GGCCUGUUGGUUUGUCCUGAAGGACUGUGUAAUGCUUCUCUCAGGCAGCCGUCCCUUGGCUGGACCACAGCUCUUUGGAGGUGGUUGGGAUGCAGAACUUGGGGUUGUGGGAGGCCCUGGUUCCUCAGGAUUAUAUUUUUCCUCAAGGCUGCACAACUGUUGUGGCAGCAAGGGCUCAGGGUGCCCUAGAUCUUCGGAGUAUCUCACUAGGGACAACAACACAAAUAGAGAUGAGAUUGGUGGCUACUACAUCUUUUGGUCCUCAUACCUGGAUUCACCAGGUAGAGGUUACUAUGUUUUGGCUUUGUCUUUUCGUUUUAUUUUUCAUGUUUAGGCAGGGAGGUCUUGUUUCAUGAACAAGCCAGAAGAGAUGUCAGGAGAGUGGGCAGGGGGGUGGAAAUACUGUAUUUUUGGAAAGCUGCUCAAAACACUGGUUUCACGCUCUUGUAUCAGGGAACCAAGUGUGUGAUUUGUGGUGUCAAUGAAAUCAAUUACUACCGAUGUAAUUUUCGCAGGCUGCUUGAGAUAGAUACCCUUGUAGACACAAAGAUCCAAAUGAAGGUGGGUUGUGGAGCCUGUCCCUUCGGUGCAGGUUUCCGGGAGCCGCCCCAUGGGGCUGAGGCGCUUCCCCCCCAGUCUACAGAGGGCGCUGUGGGCGCCUCGGCCACACAGCCCGCAGCAUCCCGGGGGAGGAGCCUCUCCUGCAGCCGCCGCCGCCUCCGCGAUCGCAAACCCGGAAGAAGCCUCUGGCAGCUGGACUGUGCUGGUUGGCCUGGCACUGCCAUGCAGUCCCUGGAGGUAGGUCUGGUUCCCACUCCAGCGAGGGAGCCGAGACUGACCCGCUGGCUGCGGAGAGGCAGUGGGAUCUUGGCGCACCUGGUAGCUUUGGGCUUCACCAUCUUUCUGACUGUGCUGUCCCGGCCAGGAACCAGUCUUUUCUCCUGGCACCCUGUGUUCAUGGCUUUGGCGGCCCGGAUCCGACUCCACUGGGUAGGGCAGACUGUGGCCAUCCUCUGUGCUGGCCUGGGCCUGGGCUUCAUCAUCUCCAGCAAGAUCCGCAGCGAGCUGUCCCAUCUGGUGUCCUGGCACAGCUGUCUAGGAGCUCUUACACUACUGGCUACUUGUGGACAGGCACUGUGCGGGCUCUGCCUCCUUUGUCCCAGGGCUGCCAGAGUCUCAAGGGUGGCUCGCCUCAAGCUCUACCAUCUGACAUGUGGACUGGUGGUCUACCUGAUGGCUACAGUGACAGUGCUAUUGGGCAUGUACUCAGUGUGGUUUCAGGCCCAGAUCAAAGGUGCAGCUUGGUACCUGUGCCUGGCACUACCGCUGUACCCAGCCCUGGUGAUCAUGCACCAGAUCUCCAGCUCCUACUUGCCAAGGAAGAAAGUGGAAAUGUGAGUGCCUCUGAACUCAAAAUCUAGUUGGGAUGCUUGCCUUGGACUUUAGUGGUUCCUUGAUGACCUUUGACUCACUUCAGAAGUAGAUGAGUUUUUGCACUUCAUGGCUGAGCCACAGGAUGCAAAAACCCAAGCUGCUAUUGUUGAGGGAUGAUGUGGCGGACCCAAAUGGGAACACGUACCAGGUGCAAGUGGAAGGUGAUGGACUUGCAUCCUGAAGCCCCUACUCUUGAUGGGAGCCGGAAGUAUUAGGUGGUGAUGGUGAUGGUGGUGAUUUCUUACCUAUGUGCCUCAUAAACAUUUGAGUUCCUAUAGGUUAUCAAUGACAGCCAUGGAUAUUGGGGUCCCUUUUGAGAAAGCAAUGGGAUGGAGAGCCCAUGAGUCUUAUGGUCCUCUUAGGCCCUGUUGUACAAUCAACCUUAGGUAAGUUCCAUAUCUUAGGAUCUCUGUUUCCUCAUCUGAAAGUGAAGUGAAUGUUUCUGAACAACCUCUAAGUUUCUUUCAUCUGUAAUAUUCAGUAUCUGGAAGAGCAAUGUCACCAAGUACCCUCCUGGCUAUAGACCAUGUGGACUACUUAGCAGACUCCAGAUGUAAUUCUGUCAAACAUUUUCCCUUUAUUCUCCUGAAGGAGUAGGUCUAUUCUUAUGCCCUUCAGAAAUCUGUGUGGAUUUGGCCUCUCAGGAUACAAGGUCAGGAACUGUCGAAAGGGGCCCAGGUAAGGGUCUCCUGGACUCUGAGAUAGUAAAGGCACUAAAGUCACUUUAAAGUUCUUUGGAGGAACAGAAAGGCAUUGGCCUUAACCAAACCCUUGGCUCUUGGCUGGGCUCCUUAGCUCAACUAAGAAUUUCCUUAAGCCUACCCCUGGGGGGUGGGCCUCAGAGCCUGGGUAUGUUCUUUCCAUAGCAUCCAUUCUCAGGGCAGAGUAGUUCUGGGCAUCUUAUGCUUUGCCCUUAGGAAUCAGAGUGUUGACUUAGCACAUUGCUUCCUGGAACUUUUCUGCAGCUUUUAGAACAAAAUAAAGGAAAGGGAAUAGGGCUGUUUGGAUCCAAGGAAAAUGAAGUCUCCCAGGUUGCCCUUCUCCUCUUAUCAUUUGAACUUUUCUUAGUUGUCCCCGGCCAGCAGGAUGAAUUUGGUACCAGCUGGGCUGUCUUCCCUGAAGAGACCCCUCCUUGAUCCAACUGAAAAGUUCCCCCAAACGGCUGUCAGUGGUGAGGGCUGUACUGUAGCUUAGACCAAGAGAUGGACCUUCCAUAGAUUGUAAUGAUUAAAGAUUGCUGAGCCAGGGAAGUUGCCCUUACAGCUUUCUAUGUGGGAGAUAGAGCCCACCAAAAAUUCUGGGAGAUGUGCAGUAUAGAGGCUGGAGCUCAGAAUCCAGAGACGGGAGAGGGGUUACUCCAGUCAGUACACCAUGGAUGCCCCAGGUGUUCUGAAGAUUUAAGGCCUCCUUUCCAGGUGGCUCAGAAGCAAGAAGACUGGUGUGACUCAGUAGCACACCAGAAGGCAUGUGUCCUCUCAGUGGCUCUAACCAUGGUUUUCCAGGGGGAGAUAGCAUCUCCCAGAAGCUCUCUAAAUAGUGCUCACUGAACGGAGGCCUCUGAGUCCAUUCCUGUCUCUUUCACUGCCUUCCCUCCUCUCUCAAGUGAUCCAGUGUGCUAUGAACUUGGAAGCCCUGAACUGGGCUGCAGGAAGACAUUCUCACUAGGGUCACUAGGAUCUAGGGACUCCAUCUCUUCUCUCCUCAUCAAGGCCAGUGCUGGGGGGCUCAUCUUGUCUCCACAGGGUGGGCCAGGUAAAGUUCAACAGCUUGCUCUCAGAGGAUCCAGGCAAUGCCAGAAAGCCUGAGCCUGCCUGAGGUGUUGCCUCCUCCCAGGUGGUGCGGGGGCUGGUGGGCGGGCAGGCAGGCGUGCUGACAGCCGGCAGUUUGCGUGGGCUGUGCCAUCUGAUGUCUAUUCCCAGCCCUGGGAGGAAGGGGAGUCAUUUAUAUUCUGCAGGAAGAAAGGACCCAGCUGUCGCAUCUCUGACCAGCGGGCCAGAAGGGCAGUGGUAUAGGGCAGAGAGGAGGGCACAGGUGGUAGUCUCCUGCUUAACUGGGUCUGACUGCAGUAUAGGGAACAGGUCACCUGGAGGAGCCCUUCUUCCUGGCAGUCCAGAUUGUGGGGGGACUUCCCUCCCCUCCUGUCUUUCCAGCUCUCCGUCACCACCUGCCCUCACAUCCUGGGGCAGCAGCUGGACAACCAUUAGACCUCGGUGCCAGGAUAGUCUUCCUCCAGCUGGGAUCUCUGAGGCUGCCGGCUGCGUAUGCCUCCUGGCUGUGUGCUCCCUCCUCCUCACACUGUCUUCCCCCUUCUUCCUCUUUGUAUUUCCUAGUGUCUGUACGAUCUGGGCUUCUCAGCAACAAGGCAGGGGCCUUAGGGGAGAAGCAAAUGGCUGUCCUUUGCCCUUGUUCCCUGACUAGGGGAAACUGCUAGUAGUCUGUUUUGCUUUAAAAAAAAAAAAAAAAAAAAAAAAAAACACCAAAAAAAA